GACAGGUGCAUGGUAUAAAGGAUGGUAUGCACAAUAUUGUAAAGAGCUUUUUUACCGCAUCAAAACCAAAUGCCAAUGAAAGUCAGUCAAGUACAGAGGAAGAGCUUGCUGUAUCACACUUGAAGAGGGUAUUUGAACACUACAAAAACGGACGUCACCAACUAGAACCUGUCUUGCCAUCAUUUUGUAAAGCAUUCAAGUCUGCCCGUGCUCCAGAGAUCAAUGACAAGUUUCCUGAAAUAACUGAAUUCACAAAAUGUGUUGCUGCCGAAUUGGUUUUGAAAAUAACGAGAACUGCUAGUAGUAAGUCAUUACAAGAUGGGAGUUUGGCUCUGUUUGAGCUGCUCAAGACAUCACAGUGGAAUGCACUCUGUACCGUUAAUAUUGCUGCACUAAGCUUGACUGCAGUUAAAGAGAUGUGUGGAGAACACCUCCCCUCAACUUUAGUGAAAAUGCUUUACCUCUUCAUGGACCUGCCCGACUUAUCUCAUGAUUCUCAGAAUGUCGAGAUGAUCUCGAAAAUGCUCAUGUCUGUUCUUAUUAGGAUAGGAGAGCAUGUGUGUGUGGUGGAAGAAUUGCGCGCAACAGACAGUGACCUACUCGUGCUGUUUGAUAUCUGCACGUCAUGGUGGGGGCCUCAUAACGCGCCCUGGCAACGCUGCACGGUGGAGUUCCUCUCUACCAUCUGUAGAAAGAGUCUUAAUCAAGGUCUAAUUGAGUAUCUCCACUUGAACAAAUGCAUAGCUAGCUGUGUGAAGAAUCUGCGCGCCUUUGCUGAUACCUACGUCAUCUAUAUAGCGGACACCUAUGCUCCCCCUAUUUGGAUGCCUGAAAGAUAGUUGCGAGAUAGCGGACACCUUGCUGACCGAUUUCAAGGAAGCGGAGGGCUACGAGCUCCUCACUGACGCCAUAUUAAAUCUGGAGAAGCAAGAGGUAGAAAGUGACGAAUUGUGUCGUAUGAAGAACGAAUGUCUCAACAAACUUGCGUAUUCUGUUCCAACCUUGUGUACUGCUGGUGCUGAUCAGGUCGUCCCAGAGAUACACGCUAAAAGUAUGCAGUUCCAAAGCAAAGACUUCUGUAUUCCAGUUCCUACUGGAAAAGGAGCGAGUGUGAAGAACCCAGCAGCGUUUGUUGUUUUGCAGGAUGUUUUCUUAAAGAGCACUACUGAACAGAUAGCCUUGCUGAUGAUGGAUGUUAUUAAUGUCGUGUUCAAGUUGGACGAAGUGAAUUACUUUGUUCUGAGUCAACACAACACUCUGAACUGUUUUAUAGCUGAGCGACUCACAACUUCUACCACACUUAUCCAGGAACGGAUAUUAAAGCUAGUCGAACACAUCGUGUUUGUCCUGAGAUACAUCCCAUCAGCAGAGUUGGAGGCACUAUUAAUCCUCCUAAAGGACUCACCUGACUUUAACCUGGCUUCACUCAUCCUGGCUACUAUCAAUAAGCUGAUAACAGCUGAUCCGAGUCUGAAGAAAGUUAUGUUAGAGUUGGGGCUGUUGAACAGCUUACAGUUCUGCCAAAUACAACUCUUACAACUUCAACAAGACGACGAGAAGUUAGAUGAUAAUUACCUUAUAAUGCUGAUGACCACAUUGAAUACCUUACUAGACAACUGCCCGGAAGCUUAUCAGAAUUAUUUGGAACUACAAGGUCGCGACUUCCUGUACGACAUGCUACACGUUCCUGCGUUUAGAGCAUACGUUCUGCUAGUUAUUAAAACUCUCUCUACCUACGUAGCAUCAGAGGAUCAGGACGAUGUGAGAGCACUACUCCGUAUGAUGCACGAGAACCUUGAUAACUCAGAACUAAAACUCGACAUCCUGGACUGUUUAUCUGAAUUGUUCCUCUCCUUCCCUCCCUCCCAGCACAGAUUCCAGGCUCCUGAUGGGUUUCUGGUUAUCUCUAACCUCAUCAUUAGUGCUGGACAGAUUGCAGAUGAGAACUACAUGCCUAUAGUAGGAAAGGUUAUAAAACUCUUACAGUCAGCCCUGCACAAUAGUCCUUCUAACAUUCACUACUUUGAAACCCAGGUCGAAUACAGUUCGCUUACCAAAUCUCUGGAAUUGUUACCCUGUUUCCAUAGCAACUCUCCUUGUCAAGAGAACAUAAUCACGCUCUUCAAGUUUCUAAUGGGACUAGCUCUGGAUCUGGAACCGGAACUGUGCGGCCCCUCAUCACGUGACCUGUCUAAUGACACUGUUCUAGUUUCUAAACACACUGAACUUGUGGACAAGAUGGAGUAUUAUGAUAGGUGUAUUAUCUACCCCAGAGUCCUCACUUCCAUAUUGGUUCUAACAAGACUUUCUCAAUCGGACGAGAUAUUAAAAACAGUUUGUGAGUGGGUGUUACAGAUGACACUGCUGCCCCACAACCUGCAACUGCUCUCUGACACCAAGUUCCUAACAUCUCUGCUCACCCUCUUUUCCCACGUAUUUACAGAUCCUGCGCACAGCGCCCACGUGCGUGUUGUAAGCGUGUUUGAAGUUCUGGCUCGUCACAGACUCUACCCUGAUCAACUGAGGCUGUUUUUGAGGCUGGACAGUCCCUUGUACUGUGAGAGACCUGAAACUCCAAUACCUGGGCUACAACUUGACUUGAACUUCCAGACUGUUCCAGGAACCGGUAUGUCUCUGGAGAUAGUUGAUAUUGAAAACGGAGAACUACUGGUUACACCUACAACCAACCCUACCUCAACUAUUGGAGAUGAAAUAGAGAGCGACUCACGAGAUGGAACACAGAGUGAGAUUCAGAAUACAGAGGAGAUUAGCGGAGAGACAAGUCCCACCACUCCUAUAGCUGAGGCAGUAGUAGAGGACUCAGACGUUGCCAUUAACACCGAAGAUCUCCAACUAGCAUUACAAGAAACUAACGGAGCUGGAGACGAUGAGAAGUUAAGAGUACAGAAACAGUCAUCACGGGUCCAGUUUCAAGAGGUUGCAGACACUGAAGUUACACCUUCAUUGAACUGUGAGAAUCCUGACAGCAUGCCCAUAUAUGGGCACGACGAGAGCCAACGUGACAACAUGCCCAUAUAUGGAGGUGAUGAGACGCAGGGUAACGAAGAGCCGCUGUAUGAAGAGAGUAGUGGAGCUGGUGGAGCUCCUGUUAUUAUCAGUGUGGAGGAGAUUGAGAGGCUCAAAACAGAGAUGGCUAUUAGUUUCUCUGGUCCACAAGGCCGGGUAGAGGAGACCUACGAUCAGGGGGGAUCUGAUGAAGAGGGAUCUGAGAAGUGGGAAGUUAGAGAAGAAUUCAACGUUAAAUCCCUCCCAAAACACCACAUAGAACUACUGGUAUCAGUAUCUACACCAGUACAUGGUAACCUAGAGAGUGUCCCGUACAUCAACAUUCCUAAGAACUCCCCCGCUCCUGGACUCAUCAUACCCUAUCUCAUCAAACCGGGCAGUACUGGCUCAGACAAAGUGAUUCAGUCCAGCUUUACUCUGCUACUCUGGUACCAGAUACCUCGUAUACAGACAAACGCUACCUUCUGGCAGGCGACUCUGCUCCAUAACGUUAAUGUUAAGAUAACCCUUCUUCCUUCUAAACUGAAUGUAGCUACUCCGGAGAGCAUGCAGUCUCAGGAUGCUCCUCUUGUAAAGGAUGACGGGGGUUGGCACAUGCUCACAGCUACAUUCUACAAAGGGACCAAGAUAAGAUCCAGUUGUGUCGAUAUCUCUAUUGACAUAGACUGGAAAACCAACCUCAAAAUUGAUUACCCUCUGAUUGGUGAAGGAGGAGCCCUAACGUUUGGCAUGGCCCCCAAAGAAGGGCCCCCAACCAUAUCCUGGAAUCUGGGCAACUUCAUGCUGUUUGAUGGCACUAUAGCUUCAGGGGACCUCUGUAACUUCUACACUGCGGGUCCGAGUUACGUGGGUAAUCUGAGGGAGGGUGGGUCCCCUGAGGGCAGCUUCCCGGCACCACUUCUUAAUAUAUCCCCCGGAACUAAUGGUACCCUAAUGUUGGAUAAGAUACUCUCAGACCUAGACAAUACUUCUAGAUCAUUCCUUCUUAAUCAGGAGGGUAUGGAAGUGGAACAAGCAGACAGUAUCCCCUUCAAGGUGUUUCCUAACCUCUCAGCUCACCUGGUGACACACGAGGUGGCUUCCUGCGCGGUGGCUCUGUACAACUGCCAUAUUAUAUCACCUUCUAGUAUAGGUGACACAUUUGAAGCAAUUGGAAGCGAGCAGGUGUUACUAGGACUUGUUGCCAUGACAACGGACUCUGAAGGACUAUACGCGGCUAUUAAACUUCUCACAUUGGUUGUGAACAGCAAUGCUCGUCUGCAGCAGGACAUGGAAAGGAGAGGGUACGAGAUACUAGCGUUGUUGUUGCACCGUAAAGCUAACAUCACCACGACACACGUUCUACAACUAGUCGCAUCCCUCGGCUCUUGCAGUGGUCUCAUUACCCAUCCUACUGCAGUUAAAGUACUACUGUGCUCCUUUGAGAUAUGGAGAGGUGCUGCGGAGGAGAUCCAGACGCAGCUGUGUACUUGUAUCUACAACUUAGUUAUAAAUGGACGUAAUCUGGAGCAGAUAGAGACAAUGGAUGUGACAGGUCGGUUACUGGAGCUAGUGUACGACUGUUCGGUGUCCUGGUCUCUGGUACAGGCUGCUCUAGAGGUCAUAUCCUCUGUCAUCAGUACUGCUAGUCCUAAGGUACUGCUGACGUUUGGUAACUACUUAGUGUUCUCCCUCCCCACCAGUCUGGUUAACGAACACAGACUCAAGGAAGUUACACAUGUGGUUAAAAUAAGGAACAUGCUGCUGGAACUACUGUGUGUUCUUGUACAGAGUUGUGAUAUGGACAAUGAUUUCAGAUUACGUCUGCAGAUCGAGUCUACGCUAGGAUUUGACUGGUUGCUACUCUUCUUAAGACCGGGUCUGCACCAUAUAACCUUUACAAUGUCACUCAGACUGACCUGCAUCCUGCUCUCUCCAGCUAACGGAUUCUUCAGGUUCAGUCAGAAGCUGAAUCACGGAGGGUGGAUGCACUGUAUUACAGCCAGGAGUCUCCGUCCAGAUAGUGCUGAUCAGGGUUCUCUACAGGGGUUUCCUCUUCUCCUCCAUGUCUUGAAGGGACACACCCGCCUGUCUGAGUUCUCCACGUACUCCAUGAAGCUGUACACGUGGCUUCUCUCCUUAAUGCUCAAUAUGGACCAUCCUCCGUCCUCCCUCUCCAACGAGUAUAACCUCGACAAAACUUUCUCUAAACAAAUUUCAGGAGGAGUACUAAACAAAGACCCGUUAGUGGUAGUCUUAUCGCUUCUCAGGGACGAUAUUGACGAUGGCGGAUUUGAAGCAGUAGUACGAUAUCUGACUAAUCUUUAUCUAAAUGAGCCUCUAACUGAACCUGUUUAUAUCGCCCUAAUAGACCUUAUCAUCGCACUCUUGUGGGCACCGUAUUUGGAGCCAACCAAAGAUCUGAUAAUAAAGAGGCAGUGUGUUCUGGACUUGAUACAGGAGAUACUGUUAAACGCCAUGUUCAAGCAAAACUUUGAUAUCCUCGACAUCAUCCUCGAGCCCUGUGCAGUUGACUUUGGGGACUGCCUAAAGAUAUACCAAUCUGUCUUGGUUCACCAAACUCUUCAAAGAAUACAAACUGGUGCUCCCGACGGGAUCUCCACCAAGAACUUCAACAGAGCAGCUAUCUUCUUCUGUAAAUACACCCUCCAAAAACUCUGGCAAGGCAAACUGGGUACCUCAAUCUCAAUACUAAACUGUUUCUCCAAACUACGUGAGUGGAUCAGCAAAGACGCAGAAUCCCAAAUCACCUACUGUCUCCACCGAGCAAUCCUCUACUUCCUCUCCCAGACUUCCUCCUCUCUGGACCAACAGAAAUCUCUCCUAAAAGUCGUCCACUUUGUGUCAGAGAACCACCGGCUCAUAUUUGGGCCGGGUAUGUCGGACCACGAGUUUGUGAUUUGUUUGUCGCACCUGCUAAGAUCUCUCCAGUGUGAUGGUGACUGGGGUAAGAUGUUGGAGGAAGCCUCUAACUCGCUCAUCUCCUGUAUCAAGGAGGUACGACCUGACCUGGCUCUCUACAUCGACCCUACAUCUCAGAUACCCCUAAUGUCCGUCAGUAAAGCGAACAAGACCGGUAUCAGCUCUCUGUUCUCUGGAAGCGAGGACAGCUCCUUUGUGCUGCAACACGAGAUAGCUCCCAAACUGUUCUCCCAGAUAAAGCAGCAGCAGGAGGAGGGUGACCGGACCCUGCACCAGCAGAGAAGCUCACGACGCUUCACCGGACUCCUAACCGCCCGGAGACAGGAAACACAGCUGACUUUGUCCGUGGUAACAGCCCUGAAUACGCCCUACGAGAUAAACUACGCUCACAACACUCAUGUCAUGGUGCAGGUCUCAGAUAGUCUGAGAGAGUCGGUACACAGGACCCAGCUGCAAUUCCACAGAGUGAACAGAGUGUGGGGAGAGAUGCAGUUAGAGCUGACUCAGGAGCGGGGGUUGUGGGGUCCUGCUGAUCCCUCUCACUUAGACCGCUGGGAAUUAGACCCUAUAGAGGGUCCUCAUAGGACCAGAAAGCGACUCAAACAGAACUCACAGUUCUACAACGUGUUCCAACCUAAGUCUCCAGAAGAAUACAAAGUUUCCAAAUUGAAACAGCCCAGCAGCUCCUUCAGCAAGGAGUACCAUCACUACUACGGAGUCAGAGACCGGGUCAGUUCCCUCACCACUAUCAGUGGAGCCAACAAAAUGUCUCAACUCAUUUCCGCCAGGACUCUAGAUGCUGAUAACCGGUUGAUGCAAGAUUUCUUGUUGGAAGGAGAGAGUAAAGUAUUGGUAUUCCCCUGCAUUCGAGUGGAGGGACUUUCAACGACCGCCUCUAUUCUCUAUCUGGGAAGGAAGAGUGCUUAUAUCAUUGAUGGAUAUACGACAACUAAGGAGGGAGAUAUCAUGGAUGUUCAAAUGUUGAUGCCAGAGGAAUGGUCUGAGAGAUUUAAAGACAUUUUGGUAGACAGUGCUAGUGUAGUGAAGAAAAACAAGGGGGCGUAUAACCUGGGUUACAAAAGAAUAACUGAAAUAAUGAAGCGAAGGUACUCUCUGCAAGAGAACGGGAUGGAAGUAUUUUGUUACGGCGGAGAAAGUUAUUUCCUUGUGUUUGGAUCCAAUCACCGGAACAAAGCCUAUCACAAACUAAGAUACUUGACUCCAAGCCUUACCCAGAAGUCGGACUUUGCGUCGGACGUUCUGAGCAGUGCGCGGCGCCACACUCGCGGCGACGCCACCUCCGUCUUUACCUCCUUUCGUCAGAGCAAUGUGACACACAGGUGGUCGGUUGGGGAGAUCUCAAACUUCCAGUACCUCAUGUACAUCAAUACUUUAGCGGGCAGGAGCUACAAGGAUUUUAUGCAGUACCCGAUAUUCCCCUGGGUCCUUGCUGACUACACCAGUGCCGAGCUAGAUCUUUCCAACCCAGCCUCCUUCAGAGAUCUUAGUAAACCUAUGGGAGCACAAACCCCUGACAGAUUAUCUCAGUUUGAGAAGCGGUACGCUGACUGGAUAGAUCCGCAUGGUACGGACACCAACCCUUGCCACUACGGUACCUUCUACUCCUCUGCAAUGAUAACCGCCAGCUAUCUCAUCAGACUGGAACCCUUUACUUCUUCAUUCAUUAAUCUCCAAGGAGGACACUUCGACCUGGCAGACAGACUCUUCCACUCCAUAGCAGACGCCUGGAACAGUGCCAGUAAGAUUAACAUGUGUGAUGUCAGAGAGCUUAUCCCAGAGUUCUUCUACCUGCCCGACUUCCUGCUUAACAAGGACAAGUUUGAUUUUGGGAGGAAGCAGAACGGUAAGAAGAUAGAUGACGUGCUACUGCCAAAGUGGGCUAAAGGAGACCCUGCAGAGUUCAUCAGACUGCACAGGGAAGCGUUAGAAAGCGACUAUGUCAGCAGGAACCUCCACCUUUGGAUAGACCUGAUAUUUGGGUACAAACAGCGAGGUGAACAAGCCAGACUUGCUCAUAACACAUUCCAUUGUUACUUUUACGAAGGAAACAUCGAUAUCUCCCUCCUUACGGACCCUCUCCGCAAAUCAGCCGUCAAAGGCUUCAUCAACAACUUUGGACAAGCCCCCAAGCAGAUCUUCACAAGACCCCACCCUGCCCGGCAAGUAGCCUACUCGGACCUGGUUAGCAGGACCUUCCAUUACAACGUGGUAAACUUGAGGCCACCUGCCCGAGAAGAACGGAUCAUAUCCUCCGCUGUACAGCAGAUAGAGAGUACAGAGAACGGGGGGACUCUGUUCGCUGGCAAGAACAAGGUUCUGGUCCCCUCCUCUACUGGCUACAACUACUACUUUACCUGGGGUCUACCUGAUAACUCACUUUUACUUGGGGCUGUCGACGGUAAACUAGUGCACGUGUACGAGGAACUAGAAAAGCAGCGAGUAGUGUGCGCGAUCUGUCCUGACUCGGAAACCUUGCUGGUGGGCGGUGAAGACAGCUACAUCAGUGUCUACUCCCACACCCUCUCCCGGACUAAAGAGCCGGGUUUAUCGCUCCAGCGCAAGUUACUGGGGCACACUCAUCUGGUGUCCUGCAUGAGCUCCUCACAUAAUCACAGGGUGUUCGUGUCCGGGUCACAUGACCGCACCGUUAUCAUCUGGGAUCUUAACAAGCUUUCUUUUGUCAGGCAACUCCCCGUGCACCCCAACCCAAUAACAACAGUGCACAUGAACGAGGCGUCCGGAGAUAUAAUGACCGCGGCUAAGAACUGUCUAUAUCUGUGGUCCAUUAACGGAGAACUAAUUGCUCAUACGUCCUUACCCACCAGUACGGUUAUUCAGGUGUGUACACAAACGACUAUAAACGAAUGGGACAAUAACAACGUGAUAGUUUCCGGUUCCUCUGACGGUAUAAUCCGUAUCUGGGGUGUUUUGUUCCAGCGGGGAGGCGGUGCAAACACCAGGGUGGACACCAGGGUGGACACCAGGGUAGACACCAGGGUAGACAGUGAGAAGUGGCACAAAACUCUGAUUGUCAGAGCUCGGCUCACAAUGUACACUUCAUUCGGUAGACCUGAUAACAGACAACCAGCUGAGAUCACUUGCGUCAGGUUCUCAGAAGAUCACGUUAGUUUGUACGUUGGGGACUCAAGAGGAAGGGUUUUCUGUUGGUCACCUAACGAUUCAACUGGUAAACAAGCUGACCACUGGGUCCUCGACUCUGGUACGAAGGAAUGUGCCAGCUGUAGCGUCAGGUUCACGUUCGUGGAGAGGAGACACCACUGCAGAGAUUGUGGUAAAGUGUACUGUAACACAUGCAGUGACUUUUACCAGAGCAUCCCACGACGUAAUAUCACCCACAAGGUACGUGUCUGCAAGAGGUGCUACGAUUCUCAGCAAGUAGCAGACAGUUAAAAACCAACUACAAACUUUUGAAUAUCGAAAAGUAAACUGUUUCUUUGCUCUACUUCUAGCUGGACUAGAUCGGCGUGUUAUGCCUUCCCAUUUUGUAAUCGAUACCGGGUUUUUGCAUGAUGACUACUCACAUUUUUGUUGGUUCAUAUACCGAUUUUACUGAGGGGAAAAAAUAACAAACAUUCUAAUGUUUUCAGAUGACUUGAUUUGGUUUUCUUUGUGUUCUGGAUUUAGUGGAAGUAAAACUGAAUUACCAUACAUAUUACACAUUCUUACUAAGGAUUUCAGAUCAUAUGUCAUCAGUCAUGAUUGUUUAUCCUGAUGAUCUUUAUUUUGUGUUCUAACAAUGUUAAAUUCCAGAUUUGUAAACCCGCUUAAACAUAUAUUUAACAUUUAACCAGUGUCAUGGGGACGUACAUUUCAUUGAAUGACUUGUCACAAAUAAUUUACUUUAUAAAUCACGUUAAUUAAUGCGCGUGUUGCACGUGCACAUUAAUUAAUGCGCGUGUUGCACGUGCCAAUCAGCGUUUGAUGACGUUUAGUGUCACUAACUACGCUCACUCUUUUAGACAAGAUCAAACUUGGGAUUUAUAGUAGGUAACACUUCAUAUAAUUUCGAUUAAUGUCAGUGGACAAGUUUGAUCAUUUAAUUCUAUUAAUGAAAUAUGCAUAUAAAAGUGAUUUUUCUGACGUUCUUUACAUCUUGUUAGCUGAAUCUUCUCUUCUACUUUUGAGUAUUUUCAGUGAAUGCAACUGUUUUGUAAUUGAUAAUAUGAUAUGCGUGUCUAGAUUGAUGAUGUUAAUAGAUUUUGUAAAACUUGAACAAA